AUGCCACGCUACGCUACGCUCCGCAAAAUCACAACGGUGACAAAGUUCGACCCGGCAAAAGACAUCCCGAACCUCGAGGGCAAGGUAUGCCUGGUGACCGGCGGCAACAGCGGGCUCGGCGAAGCAACAGUCGCCGCACUGGCCCAGCAUGGACCGGGCACAAUAUACCUGGCCGCACGAUCUCGCGCGAAAGCCGAAGCCGCGCUCUCGCGCGUACGAGCCACCUCGACGGCCGCGUCGUUGGCAAACAUCCAGAUUCUAGAUCUCGACCUCGCGUCGUUUGAGUCAAUCAGGGCCGCCGCGGCGCGGGUGCAGAGCGAAGUCGAUCGACUGGACGUCCUCCAUCUGAACGCCGGCGUCGCCAUGAUCCCGCACAGCACGACCGAGGAAGGCUACGAGGUGCAGUUCGGCACCAACUAUCUGGGCCACGCGCUGCUCACGCAGCUGUUGAUGCCCCUGCUGGUCAGAACGACGCGGUUAUCCGGCGCGGACGUCCGGAUCGUGUCCAUGUCCUCGGUUGGACAUAAAUUCUUUGCGUCCAAGACGGGCAUCUUCUUCGACGAACUCAAGACGGAGAUGAAAACACACUCCGGAGCCGAACUCUACGGGGCAGCGAACCUCGCGAAGACGCUGUUCGCGUAUGAGCUGGCGAAGCGGUAUCCGCGGAUCACGACGUCGUCUCUGCACCCCGGCACGGUCAAGUCGAACGUCUGGGGAGGGGAGAAAGGCGUCAACGUGCUGAUUACCUAUCUGAUUGUCAAACCGCUGGUGGCCCUGACUGGGGUGUCUAAUGAAGAGGGUGCCAAAACCCAACUGUGGUGCAGUUUCAGCCACGAGGUCGAGAGUGGGAGGUAUUAUGAGCCGAUCGGCAAGGCCGGGAAGGACGGACCGCUCAGUCGCGACGACGAGUUGUCGAGGAGGUUGUGGGAAUGGACGGACAGGGAAUUGCAAGACCAUGGAGCUCCCGGCUGGCCUUCUCCAGAUUGA